AUGGUAGAUUUUUUGCAAGUUAUGUUGGGAGUGACUCUGCUGUUAAUAGUCAUCUGUUUUGUAUGGAAGAGACCAGUGCCCAUUUUUGAGAACUUACAAGGGAAGCAUGUACUAAUAACAGGAGGAUCAAGUGGGAUAGGGCUGGAGAUUGCCAAAGAGGUCCUUGCACAGGGCUGUUAUGCCACAUUGGUGGCAAGAAAUAGGUCAAGACUCCUUAAGGCUGUUGAAGAAAUCCUUGAAGAAGUGAAGUGUAAUAGAGACAGAAUUGAUAUCAAGGUUGCAGAUGUAAGUGAUUACAGAGCAGUCUUUGUGGCUGUGAAUGAAGCUUUUGAAUGGAAGCCCAUUGACAUACUUGUUUGCAAUGCUGGACUGGCUUAUAGUUCUUAUUUGGAUAAGAUGCAUGUUGAGGAGAUUGAUCUCACAAUUGGGACAAACUUGACUGGGACUGUGUAUACAUUAAAUGUUGCUCUCCCUCUGAUGAAGCAGAGAAGCAAUUUACAUCCCUCAGCUGUGGUAUUGAUGGGAUCUCUUUCCUCUAUGUAUGUGCUAUAUGGCCACGCGCUUUACACUGCUACUAAAUAUGCCAUGAGGGGACUUGCAGAGGCUCUGAGGCUGGAACUUUUGCCCUUCAAUAUUAAAGUAACUCAUGUAUGUCCUGGAUUUGUGGAUACUCCUAUGCUAAGAAAUAUUGAAGGUGAAGUACCACAUUUCCCAGUCUUUGAACUCCCUUCCUCUGCUUAA